AUGGCUCUCAAGCUGUGCCUGCUGCUUGGCUGGCAUACCGGUCUAGCACUGUCCGAUGGCACCGGCAUGAUUGGAUGGGGAAAGACCAUGUACCAUCCUGCCUGUGCCUUUGCAUGCCGCGGUGUCGUUAAAGGCUGUCCUUUGAACUGUACCCCGAAAGAGGAUGAUGCAGCGAUCCAUGGCUCAGGACACUCAACCACCACCACGCCGCCAGAAUGUUACACCAGCGAUCCUGCGUUUCUCAAGACGAUGGCACUCUGCAUCAACACUUAUUGCCCGGGAAGUGACGCGCCUGAGCUUGCCUUGAUUGAAGACUACUGGCGCGGUCACUUGGCUUCCGGUACUGUCGGCACCAAGGAGUGGAAGCCCGUCAUGUCCUAUCAGAACGCUCUCGAAGGAGCUAAAAAGGACGAGGAAGAAGCUUCAGGGAAAAUGAGUAAUGAGACGAGCAGCCACGACAAUCAUUCAAGAAAGAUCAAGGCCAGACAGCAUGGAGGACAUGGCGGGCAGACAGAGGAGACAACGGAAUCUGAACCGGAUACUUCGUUGCCCAUCGCCGUAUCAGGGGAGCCCCUGAAUGUCACGAGCUUUGUCUUGCAGGCAAACUGGCAGAAGCAGUACAACGGCAUGACCUCAUUUGAAACCAAUGAAAUUGGUCACGUAACAUAUACUAUCACCGUCAUGCUUGUUGCCAUCUUCCUACCAGUCGUUCUGUCACUAUUCCGUCUCGUUCCAGCUCUGAGUAGGAGCAUCUCCUGGACUUGGCUCAACUCGGUUCUCAACCAUCCCCCAGCUUGGGGUACAUCCCACCGCUCACCCGUCGCGCCUCACCUGGGAGGAGGCCUUGUUCCAACCCGUGGCCAGCUGCUGUUCAUUCUCCUCAUCAGCCUGCUCAACUUUGUCUUUCUCAUUGCACCAUAUUACAACAUCCAGCCCCAAAGUUCUUUUGCCAGCCUACGCGAGCAGGAAAUCAGCACUAUCGGUAACCGAGCUGGUGUCAUGGCCAUGGGAAACAUGGUUGCUCUCUUGAUCUUUUCAUCUCGAAAUAGUAUUCUUCUGCAACUGACCGACUGGAGUUACGGGACGUAUCUCCUGCUUCAUCGCUGGCUUGGAUACUGGACUAUUCUGCACAUUGUUCUUCACUCGAUUAUGCUGUUGGUGUACUACAAGCUCUUUGGAGACUACGAAGCCGAGCUUGUUCAAGAUUAUUGGAUUUGGGGUGUUGUUGCUACGAUUGCUGCUGUCAUCAUCUGGCCAACUUCUCUGCUUGUCGUUCGACAAAAGGCAUAUGAAGUGUUCCUGGCUACCCACCAGCUCAUGGUCCUGAUUUUCCUCAUCGGAUACUACUACCACAUCUGGUACCGAUAUGACUUCAACUGGGGCUAUGAGAUUUGGAUGUAUAUCGGUUCUGGUAUCUGGGCCUUGGAGCGUCUUGCUCGGGUGGUUCGAAUGGCUGGACGAGGUUUGAAGACUGCCGUCGUCUCGACUGUCGAUGACUCAGAUGGAGAAUAUCUAAAGAUCACCAUCGACGAUGUAUCAGUUCAUGGUGUUGCCUAUCUCUGCUUUCCGACUUUGAGCUGGAGGUUCUGGGAGACUCAUCCUUUCUCCGUUGCUUCUUCACUGUCCUUUGCGGAGCCUGCUUCAGGAAGUGAAAGCAACAUUGGAAAAGAAAAGGACGACAAGGAAGACGCUGCACCACAAUCAGCAGCAAUUUCCCAAGAGAAGGCCGGCCCUGUCUCUAGGGCGACGUUCUAUGUGAGGACGCGCUCAGGCAUGACUGGAAAGCUCCACCAAAAAGUUGCAUCGGCUGGAGGUCUCCUUCGUCUACGAGUUCUUAUCGAGGGCUCAUAUCAUUCCAGCCCCAUUAAUAAGCUGUCCCACUGCUCCGACCUCGUCUGUUUCGCCGGUGGAGUCGGAAUCACCACCAUGUUGCCACUUCUCCACGAGAACGGAACCAGAUCCGCACGCGUGUACUGGGGUUUGAGGAAUGAUUCGCUUCAAAAGGAGCUCAGCCAAGAAAUGUCCGGUUUCCCACCAACAGUUAGUGUUACCACUAGUGUGGGAAAGCGCAUGGACAUUGCGGAAAUUCUUCAAAGCGAGCUAACGGCUAGUGGUGGACGAAGGGAUCCCAUCGGUAUCCUCGUCUCAGGGCCACCAGGCAUGGCGGAUGAUGUUCGGGUUGCUGCUUCGAGUCUUGGACGAUCUGGUGGUUUGAGGAGAGGUUUUGUUCUCAUAGAUGAAGGAUUUAGUUGGUAGCUUUAUCACACGCUUGGUUACUGGUGGAAAGCUAUUUUGCCACUUCAAGUGCCGACACCAGAGCCGAUAUUCCAACCCAGAGGCUAAGGCUGAGCUUGGGACUUGGCGGUGGAGUAAUUGAAGAGAAGAGAUGUUAUAAUAAGAUUGUUCAGAAAAGUA